AUGUCUCUUAUAACUUCUUCUCUUUUCUCUUUUUCCUUUUCUAUUUCUUUUUAUAAGCGUCUCCUUUUGAGGUCUUUUCUUACUUCCUCUCUUUCUCUUUUUGUCCUGUCUAGGGGCUUGAUCUUUUCUUCCUUUCUUUCCUUUUCCCAUAAUUAUCUCCCUUUGAGAUUUUUUCCUGCUUUUUUCUUUUCUUUUUCUAUCAGUGACUGGUCUCAGGAUUUGGCGGCAUUCCGCAUACAUCAUCAUUUAUUUCCCCAAAAUUCAAUGUUUCUUUCGUGUUCCACGCGCUUGUGUUCGGUUGUCCAUUCGAGGUUCGAAGAGGGACUUUUCUUCUGCAUAGCCAACCAAAACUUUUGCUUUCAUAGCAAACGGGUUCAUCUAUUCCAUUCAAAGAUGAAUUCUUUUUCUCGUAUUUUCGCAAACACGUCCGUUCGGUCCUUAGGCCUUUUUUCUUGUCACGUGGUCAAUUUUCAAAUAUGA